CUACCCUCCGGUCCCUCCCCGUCUUCCUAUCCUGCGCCCACGCCUCGCCGGUACCGGAGCCAACUCUCAGCGCAGUGAGACAGAGCGUGCAGGAGCUGCAAGCCGACAGAGCCGGGACUGGGAGGGGAAAAGGAGACGCCAGGGACGCCCCGGGAGUGAUGAGGGGAGAAGAGAGCGGGGGGUCACCCGGAAAAGCGAGCCAGAGAGAGGAACAAGCCCCCCUACCCCAGCCUCCUCCAAACCAACCCGAGUAAACACAGACGCCCCGCCAAGCCAGAGCAGCUGCUGGACACGGCCCUCCGCGCAGCUCCAACCAGACCGCGACCGCUAAGCCCCUCCUUUCGAGGAACUCCGGGGCCGCCCCUGGAAGUGGCGGGGCGGAGGGACCCGAGGAGCGACGCGCGGCCGCGAUGGAGGCGAGCGGCCCGGGCCGGGAGGCCGGCAUGGAGGGCGCGGCGGGUGACCCGUACCGGCGACCCGCGCGGCGCACCCAGUGGCUGCUGAGCGCGCUGGCGCACCACUACGGGCUGGACCGCGGCGUGGAGAACGAGAUCGUGGUGCUGGCCACCGGCCUGGACCAGUACCUGCAGGAGGUCUUCCACCACCUGGACUGCCGCGGCGCCGGCCGCCUGCCCCGCGCCGACUUUCGCGCUCUCUGCGCCGUGCUGGGGCUGCGCGCCGAGGGGACCGCCGCCGGGGAGGCCUCCGGGGAUGCGGCGGCCGGAGAGACGAACCCGGGGGAUGCGACCGCCGAGGCCGCGGCCGCUGUGGUGGCCACCGACGGGGACGCGGAUGCCGAAGAGGAGGCGCGUCUGGCGCUGCGCGCGGAGCCGCCGGAGCUCACCUUCCGCCAGUUCCACGCGCGCCUCUGCGGCUACUUCGGCACCCGCUCUGGGCCCCGGCUGCCCCGCGGCGCUCUCNCCGCCGAGGUGCGGCGACGCGCCGAGGAGGCCCGGGCGGCGGUGCUGCGCAGUCUGGGUCGCGUGCGCGAGCUCGAGGCGCUGGCGCGACAGGUGCCCGGCCUGCAGCGCUGGGUGCGGCGGCUGGAGGGCGAGCUGCGGCGCUACAGGUCGGAGGGCACUCACCUCCCAAUCUCGUCACAAGCCAGCCUGGAGCCAGAAACCAAGAGUGAAGACCCUGCGGACGGUGGCACCAGAAGCCCGGACGGCCCUCCAGAGGGCGCCUGGCCGUCAGACAGCGGUUCCGGGAGCAGACCCCUGGACGAAGCGGACGGGCAGCUGUUCCGCUCAGUGGAGGGCCAGGCCGCCUCCGACGAAGAAGAAGAGGCUGAAGAGAAGUGGCAGCAGGAGCAGAGGUCACUGGCAGAGGUCAAGAUGCUGCUGGCGUGCCUCUCCGGCUGCGGGAGUGGGUGUGAUGACCAGACAGCCAAGAAGCUCAUGACUUACUUCGGCCACUGUGGCAGUGGUGACCACGCCUGCACCGGGGGACAGCCGGAGGCCCGCAUCGCCAUGCUGGUGGAGCAGCUGGGGCCCCAGGGCUGCCAUGGGAAGGCCCUGGGGACACCUGGGGAGGAGGCGGAGCUGCAGCAGAAGGUGGAAGAGAAUGAGCACCUGAGGCUGGAGCUGCAGAUGGUGGAGACAGAGCGUGUGCGGCUGUCCCUGCUGGAGGAGAAGCUGGUAGACGUGCUGCAGCUCCUGCAGAGGCUCCGGGCCCUGAACAUAUCGAAAAGAGCCCUGGGGAAGAUUUUGCUGAACACGCUGGAUGCUUGCAAGGACCCCACACACGAGGGGAGAUCCGGACCCUCCGCCAUCCUGGAUGCCCUGCACCAGGCUUUGGCUGGCUGUGAGCUCCUGCGGAGAGAGUCCUCAGCACUGGCCUCCACAGCACCUGCACUCACCAACCCCCUCCUCAUCUCCUGCUGAGGCCACUGGCCCAGCCUAUGGGCACCUUGGUCAGCCUGACCUCCAUCAGACCAGCCUCCAGAUCAGCCUGACCACCACCAGACCAGCUUCCAUGACCAGCCUGACCACCAUCGGAUGAACUUCCAUGGCUAGCCCGACCACCAUCACAUGCUCAGAACCUUGGAGACCCUGACUCCUUCUGAGACUGGGCUCAACCCCAGAGCCUCCCACAACAGAGCCUGGCAGACAUCCUUUCCUUGAGUUCCUCCCAGGAUCCCUCGCAGCCCCUGCAUUCUUGCUGCCACAGUUCACAUUCAAGCCCUGGGGCUGCUGGAUCAGCCCACACCUGCUGUUGCCUCCCCUGCCCAGUUUGUCACACAGCCCAGCCCAGAAUCCCUUCCCUGGUUUCUUGGGGUCUUUUCCCUCCCAGCACUGUCCCCUUCCUCUCACUGCUGUGACCAACUUCCAGGCUACGCCUGGCACACUGGGGAAUUCCCACACCCCCAGAAGUACUGAAGAUCAGGCAGGGCUGGGGGGACACAAGGCGGGGGUGAUUACUGCAGGCUUCUGGGUGGAGGCUGCCCUCGAACUAGCUCUAGAAGAGAGGUAGGAUUUAGACGGACAGAGAGAGGAGGGAAGGGUAUUUAAUGUGAGGAAACAGCAAGAGCAAAGUGUAGCGCCAGAAAGGGCCCCCGUUAGUACAGCACCUGGAACACAUCUUUCCCAAGCAUAUAGUGGGUACUGGAUUUCAUGGGGUCACAGGAAGGAGUAAGACAAGGUGCCUGGUCUCACCUACCUUACCAUCUCGUAGGAGAGAAAGAUACAUUGGCAAGUAGUGCGGCAUGGGUGAAAUCAGUGCCAAAUCGAGGUAAAAUAUUUGUGAGAGUCCAGCCAAGAGGGGUUCAUCUGAGCCAAGGAGGACGGACACACAGAGGGGAACUGUAGGGGUGAGGCAGGUGCCUGGAGGGACAAUAGCAGGUCAUGGGGGGACUCGAAGGCAGACGAGGAUCUGGGACUUGCUCCCACAGGCAAUCGGGAGCCAUUGGGGGAUUCUGAGCUGCCUCGUGGAGGGUAGAUGGAGGGGAGUGAAGAAGAGGCAGCUGCAGGACUGUAGGAGGAAGGGGGCACUAGGAGCCUGGAGCCAGAGCUACGGGGACACAGAAGGGGAUCAUGGGAGAAGAAGGAUCAAGGGGUACCCAAUGGGGAGCCUGGGAGCGGCGGGCACUCCAGGGCAGGGCAGCAGAGACUGGGGACAGACAAUGCCUGGCUGGCAUUCCUGACCUGUCUGGCCUCAGACACUCAGCAGCUUGGAUGGGGGGCAGGAGGCGUCAGGGAGACACUGCAGUCUCCUGAGCACAGUGACACAGGCCCAUGCCGAGUUUCCCUAUGGUUCCUCUCGGAGUGGAACGGAGACCAAGGCCAGUGUCCACUCCAGAAGGGCCACCUCACCUUUGGUUCUGUCAGAUGGCCCAGUGGGCAGGGCUGGGCACUGAGGAGGCUAGUCUGAGCAGAGAGGGCUGCCUCCAGCUUGCUCCUCUCAGCUCAGGCUGAGCCCACCAGGCCCUCCUCCUCUAGCUGUGCUGCUCAUGACUGCAUGACCCAGGUGAGCCCUACCUGUGCCCUGCCCAGUAAGAAGGGUCAGCUGUUCCAUAUCCUGACCAUGGUGUCAGUCACGGGAAUCCACACGUGUUAAGAUUCAUAGAGGGGCGCCUGGGUGGCUCAGUUGGUUAAAUGUCUGCCUUUGGUUCAGGUCGUGAUCCCAGGGUCCUGGGAUCGAGCCCUGCAUCAGGCUCCCUGCUCAGUGGGGAAUCUUCU